AUGUUCCGGAGGCGCGCGCUGCGGCGGCGGCUGGCGGCGGCCGGCGCGCCUCCCCUGGCGGACGAUCAGCUGCGGCGCCUAGCACGGGCACUGGACGCGGGCGCUGCCGGUGCGGAGUGUGUGCCGGCCGGUCAAGCCGCCUCCCAGCUACGACUUGCGGUCACCCGCAUCUUCAGGUUCCCCGAGCUGCGAGACACCACCGAGCUGAGGCGCCUGCCCCUUUGCACCGACCAGCAUUGCUGUAACCCGUACCACUGGAGCCGCCUCUGCAAGCCCGAAACCCCUCCUCCACCCUACACCCGUUACGCGAUGGAGGACGUCAAACCUAAAGAGCGUGGAGAGAGUACAGAGGAUGCAAGGAGGACAGACCACGAGCGGCUAGUAACGGGUUCCCUGGCUACUGACGGCGAAGAACGUCAGAGCUGGGAGUCAGAAUGGUGCAGACUCGCGUACUGGGAGUUAACGCAACGAGUGGGUCGACAGUUUGGUGUCCGAGUGAGAGCCGUUGAUGUGUUCGGGGGAGGUGGAGGAGCUUGUGGGUCGGGGAGGCAUGGCUUGUGUCUGGAUGCACUGGACCAGAGAGGGGAUGCACCUCAAGCAGAACAGGUGCGAAAGACCAGAGCAAAAAUUGGUCUAGGCGUAACUUUAUCUCUGGAAUCAGACGGGGUUUGGUUGUACAACCGUAGCCAAGAGCCAGUGUUCGUCAGCUCACCAGCAUUAGAUGCGGCAGCUGCCAAAGCUUUAUUAGUCUGGAGAGUAGCCCCAGGCCACUGUCUCUGCAUCUUCGACCCUGCAUGCCCCCCACCGGCGGUUUCUCUGCCUAAUGUUGGACCAGUCGACCCAAGGUCGGUGCGGAUCUCCUUCGCGAAGGGUUGGGGUCCGAAAUACUCGAGGAGGGAUGUGACAGCGUGUCCGUGUUGGCUCGAGGUGUUGCUAGCGCCCCCCAGCUGA